AUGAAGGAUCCCUCCAAAACCAGCCGUGGCCCCCAGUGCCGCUUUGAGACGGUGGAGCUCCCUAACGCUUCUCGGCAAAUGGUUGAGAUUAGCAACAGGUACCUACUUCUCUCGACCCUGAACGAAGCAGCUACGCGCUGCAUCAUCAAAGCCAUUCUGUUCGCUAUACUUGACGAAGUUGCCCCUGUUCAGACCCUGGCACCUGGCCUCUGA